UGAGCGGAGGCCCAGCCGGGGGCGGCGCGAUGGAGUGCAAGAGCCUGGAGGGCGGGCAGAGCGACCUCAAGCUGGUGGCGCACCCGCGCGCCAAGAGCAAAGUGUGGCGCUACUUUGGCUUCGACACGAAUGCGGAGGGCUGCAUCCUGCAGUGGAAGAAGAUCUACUGCCGCAUCUGCAUGGCCCAGAUCGCCUACUCGGGCAACACCUCCAACCUGUCCUACCACCUGGAGAAGAACCACCCCGACGAGUUCUGCGAGUUCGUCAAGAGCAACACCGAGCAGAUGCGCGAGGCCUUCGCCAGCGCCUUCUCCAAGCUGAAGCCGGACCCCGCGCAGCCCGGCGGUGCGCCGGAGCCGCUGGCCGCCAAGGCUGGCGCGCACGGCCACGAGAGCCGCAAGCAGCAGGAGCUGACCGCCGCCGUCAUGGGCCUCAUCUGCGAGGGCCUCUACCCGGCCUCCAUCGUGGACGAGCCCACGUUCAGGGCGCUGCUGAAGGCGGCCGAGCCGCGCUACGAGCUGCCGAGCCGCAAGUUCUUCUGCGGCAAGGCCAUCCCCGAGCGCUACGGCGCCGUGCGCGAGGCGGUGCUCAAGGAGCUGGCCGACGCCGCGUGGUGCGGCGUCUCCACCGACCUCUGGCGCAGCCCGACCCAGAACCGCACCUACGUGACGCUGUCGGCGCACUUCCUGGGCCGCGCCGCCCCCCACGGGCUGGCGGUGGGCUCCCGCUGCCUCAAGACCUUCGAGGUGCCCGAGGAGAACGCGGCCGAGACCAUCACGCGCGUCCUGUACGAAGCGUUCAUCGAGUGGGGCGUCCACGCCAAGGUCUUCGGCGCCACCACGGACCGCGGCAAGGACCUGGCCCAGGCCUGCUCGCUGCUCGACAUCCCGGUGCACAUGCCGUGCCUCGGCCACACCUUCGACGCGGCCGUCCGCCAGGCCUUCCGGCUGCCCAAGCUGGGCGCGCUGCUGGGCCGCUGCGCCAAGCUGGUGGCCUACUUCCAGCAGUCGUCCGUGGCCAUGGUCAUGCUUCAGGAGAAGCAGCGUCAGCAGAACGCGGCACCGUGCAUGCUGGUGAGCAACCGUGUGGCCUGGUGGGGCAGCACGCUGGGCAUGCUGCAGCGGCUCAAGGAGCAGCAGUUCGCCAUCGCCGGGGUGCUGCUGGAAGACACCAACAACCACCACCUCAUGCUGGAGGCCGCCGAGUGGGCCACCAUCGAGGGCCUGGUGGACCUGCUGCAGCCCUUCAAGCAGGUGGCCGAGAUGCUCUCGGCCUCCAAGUACCCCACCAUCAGCAUGGUCAAGCCGCUGCUGCACAUGCUCCUGAACACCACGCUCAACCCCAAGGAGACGGACCCCAAGGAGAUCAGCAUGGCCAAGGAGGUGAUCGCCAAGGAGCUCGCCAAGACCUACCAGGAGAGCCCCGAGAUCGACCUGUUCCUCAACGUGGCCACCUUCCUGGACCCGCGCUACAAGCGGCUGCCGUUCCUCUCCACCUUCGAGCGGCAGCAGGUGGAGAACCGCGUGCUGGAGGAGGCCAAGGGCCUCCUGGAGAAGGUCAAAGAGGGCGCCUACCGCGCGCCCGAGGACAAGGCGGCCGCGCCGCCCGAGGAGCCGCCGCCGGCCAAGAAGCCGGCGCCCUCGCCCACCCCGCCGCCGGCCAGCGUCAUCAACGACAUGCUGGCCGAGAUCUUCUGCCCCACGGGGGGCGUGGAGGACCAGGAAGAGUGGCACGCGCAGGUGGUGGAGGAGCUCAGCAACUUCAAGUCGCAGAAGCCUCUGGGGCUCAACGAGGACCCGCUCAAGUGGUGGUCGGACCGCCUGGCGCUCUUCCCCGUGCUGCCCAAGGUGCUCCAAAAGUACUGGGCGGUGGCGGCCACGCGCGUCAGCCCCGAGCGCCUCUUCGGCUCGUGCGCCACGGUGGUGAGCGCCAAGCGCAACCGCCUGGCCCCCGCGCACGUGGACGAGCAGGUCUUCCUUUAUGAGAACGCGCGCGGCGGCGGCGCCGACGCCGAGCUGGAGGACGAGGACGAGGGCGAGUGGGGCCUGGACCACGAGCAGGCCUUCGUGCCCGGCGAGGCGGCGCACGCUGGCUUCUUCGGCGUCCGGGACGGCAGCUUCGUAUAG